GGUGACACUUUUAAAAUAUUGAAUUUUAAUAUUUUUUUAACUUUUUAAUUGCCACGUCACUUAUUUAACGGUCAACUCUCAGAGUUGACUGCCACGUCAGUCAAAGUUAACGGAGACUAACCGAGAGUGACCAAACUUGAACUGAUGAACUAAUUUAAGUGAUUACGGAUGAAAUAAAGUAAUUCUAGUGACAAAUGUGAAAUUUUUAAACAAUUCCAGUGUGACCAAACUUGCAAUUAAGCCAUAUAGUAUGGUUCAAACAUCAAUUUGAUAUGGUGUGGUCCGAUAUGAACCAACCCGAUUGGUCACCCCUGAUUACAAUGGGAUGACCUUAAUGUUUGGCAUGUUCAUUUUACUCCUUCCCUCCCUCAUCUCUUUCCCCACUCAAAGUCAUCUUCAAUCUUCAUCCCUAAUUUCGCAAUCCACAUUUCUCGGAAGCCAAACAGAAAAUCCUCGGCAUAAACCUUUUGCACGUGAACUCCCAUACUCCAUAGCUAACGAAGCUAUACAGACGUCGAUAACAAAGUAGAAACGAGAGGCGAGCAGCCAAAUCGAAUAAUCGAAUAUUCUCUUACCUUUCCCCCGUUCCGAUCCGAUCUAGUUUCCAUCUCUCUCUCCCCCUCCCUCCGAUGAGCUCCGGUUCUUCCUCAACCGGCGGCGCUUCGCCGGCCGACUCAGUCGACAAGCAGAAGGAGAAGGCGAGAGUGAGCCGGACGUCCAUGAUACUGUGGCACGCUCACCAGAACGACGUCGCCGCCGUCCGGAAGCUCCUGGAGGAAGAUUCGUCCCUCGUCAAGGCUAGGGAUUACGACAACCGGACUCCGCUUCACGUUGCCUCUCUCCAUGGAUGGAUCGAUGUCGCCAAGUGCUUGAUUGAAUUCGGCGCCGAUGUCAACGCUCAGGAUCGCUGGAAGAACACUCCAUUAGCUGACGCCGAAGGAGCUAAAAAGCAUAACAUGAUUGAGCUUUUGAAGUCGUAUGGUGGUUUGUCCUAUGGACAAAAUGGUAGCCACUUUGAACCUAGGCCUGUUCCACCACCACUACCGAACAAGUGUGAUUGGGAAAUUGACCCGUCUGAGCUGGACUUCUCGAACUCUUCUAUGAUUGGGAAGGGAUCAUUUGGUGAGAUUUUGAAAGCAUGUUGGCGUGGAACACCUGUAGCUGUGAAACGUAUUCUUCCAUCCCUUUCAGAUGAUAGACUAGUGAUUCAAGACUUCAGGCAUGAAGUUAAUUUGCUAGUGAAGCUUCGUCACCCAAACAUAGUCCAAUUUCUUGGGGCUGUCACCGAGAAGAAGCCCCUCAUGUUAAUCACAGAGUACCUGAGAGGGGGCGACCUUCAUCAGUAUCUCAAGGAAAAAGGUGCCCUUAGUCCUUCAACAGCGAUUAACUUCGCAAUGGACAUAGCCAGAGGCAUGGCAUAUAUGCACAAUGAGCCAAAUGUCAUCGUUCACAGAGACCUGAAACCAAGGAAUGUUCUUUUAGUCAACUCCAGUGCAGACCACUUGAAAGUUGGAGAUUUCGGAUUGAGCAAGCUCAUCAAGGUUCAGAACUCUCAUGAUGUGUACAAAAUGACUGGCGAGACUGGAAGCUAUCGGUACAUGGCUCCAGAGGUUUUCAAGCACCGGAAAUAUGAUAAGAAGGUUGAUGUAUUCUCCUUCGCAAUGAUACUCUACGAGAUGCUGGAAGGGGAGCCACCACUUGCUAGUUAUGAGCCCUAUGAAGCAGCCAAGUACGUAGCUGAAGGACACAGGCCAAUAUUCCGUUCUAAAGGGUUCAUCCCUGAGCUGCGAGAUUUGACAGACCAAUGCUGGGCAGCUGACAUGAAUAGAAGACCUUCGUUCUUGGAAAUCCUCAAGAGGCUGGAGAAGAUUAAGGAAGUUUUACCGUCAGAUCAUCACUGGCACAUAUUCAAUUCAUGACCAAAGCGAGCAGCAGUCCAGCAAAAAGUUUUAUGACCAACAGUGUUGUUUGCUUCUCGCUAGGAUUUAGUUUCCUGGCGCACCAUGAUUGUUCGAACCCUGCAAAUACUGGAUGUCAAUAGUGUGGUAAAAGCAUUUGUUCCCAUGGGCAAGCCAAUUUUUGGAUCUGGUUGCUGUUCAUACAUAAGAGAGGGAGAUCUCUUCUAUUUGGAUGAAUCUCUGCACUGCAAAAUAUAUUUUUCUCCCGAAGUUAUAGCUGUGCUUUGUAGCAGAACCUUGAAUAGAGAUUGUGUUCUCUAGCAUGUGUACUUUUUGGCCCAGUUGCAGUCUAUAUCUUCUUUCAUUCCCUGGACUUUUGUACCAUAAACUGUCCAAGUGUACAAAAGGCUAGUUUAGAGUUUCUCUUCUCAAUCCAUCAUGGAACAAUUCAGUGGUGGAGUCCAGCCUCUUAUCAUAGCAAUUUUGCACAUACCCUUGAAUAUUUUACCACACAAUCUAAUGGAUUGGGUUUAAAUUCAAAUAGAUGGAUAUGGAUAGA